UGUCGAUGUGGCGUGAUGCGGGAUUCACUUCCCGUUGCCUUGUCCAAGAUUCGAGCUAUGAUUGGUUGCGGAGCCGGAAGGGCUCCAUCGACAUGUAUGAUCAUUCAAGAUACAAAUAACUCGGCGUCCAUCUAGUUUUGACUCUUGUGGCUGCCAGCGACAUUCCCAAUCAUCAAUCAAUUCUACCUCUUGUUGAGCGGCACCACAGCAAAUCACAGCAGAGCAAGAGAGAAAGAAUAGAGAAGACAGACGACAGCCAAGACAGCACAAUGGAACCCAUGACACAAGGCCGCCGACCCGGAGUCAUAAUGCACAAACCAGUGGUCUCCGCUCUGCAGAUUGACUCGUUCGGGGACACAAAGUUCGGCAACGUCACCUGGCAGACGCUUUUAUCAAAGCCCACUACCAGCACCGAGUCGAUGAGCGUCGGGAUCGCCGUCUGCCCCUCGGGCGGCAGCCUGGCGCUACACCAGCACAUGCAAGCAGAAGUGUAUUAUGUGCUGGAUGGCUCUGGCGAGGUCGAGAUCGACGGCGAGCGGCACCGCGUCACCGAGGGCGCGAUGCUGUGGAUUCCUGGCGAUGCGGUGCACGGCGUCUUCUGCGGGCCCGACGAGAGCCUGCGGUGGCUCUACGUCUUCUCCGAAGACUGCUUCUCCAACGUUGUCUACCGGUUUCAGCCCAUGCGGCAAGAGGGGCUGUAGUAAUGGCAGUAGGAUCGUGGUCUUGCGGACGUGAUGCAGAGGACAGAGGCGGCGAAGGCACGGGUACCAAAGAGCUGCACACUAGUUAGCCACAUAUACUGUCUUGUACUCCU